GGGGGGCAGUGGAGGCGGCGCCAUCUUGGCGAAGCCGUGCCGGGAGCUGCGGCGCUCGUCCGAGCGGCGUGUCCGAGAUCCUGUUAUGUUCUGGAACCACUGGUCUGGUUUUCACCACUGAAGGUUGUGUAUUGUAUCCCUGGUGCAUCCUGGAGAACUUGCUGUUUAUCACCGAAGAAUUAUGGAGGAGAGCUGUUGUGAAUGAUGUUUAAAAAUUGGGAUAAGAAAGCGGAGUUGUGAAUCCAGAAGUACUACAGAUUAAAUACAUCGUGAAGUAGCAGGGCAGCGGAUUUGCUUUUUCAAGACAUGAAGGUGCUGUAUGAAAAUUCUGCCCUUGAAUUCUCCAUGCUUUUUGGCACUGUCAUUGCAUCUGUUGAGAAGACACGUUGUAAAGUGUUCUGGGUCUGGCUGGGAUGGAGUUAACGUUCUUCACAGCAGCCCAUACAGUUCAGUUUGGAUUUGUGGCUAAAAGAAUGUUGACAACACAUCGGUGUUUUGGCUGUGGCCGAACAGCACUUGCACAGUAUCAAGGCUUUAUCAAUUUCCCCUACUCUGUUCCUACAGUGAGUGUGCUCAGAGUAGGUGAGAAGCUGGGAGGGAACAUGGCUGGGACAGCUGACCCAAACUCACCAAAGGGAUAUUCUCUGACAUGUAACGUCAUGCUGGGCAACAAAAACUGAGGUAGAGGAAGAAGUAUUUUAAUGGUUUUGGUUUCUUUGGGAGGAUUUUUUCUUGGCUCCCAAGGCAGUUGUUGUUUGGAGGAAGGCUGGACAUCAGUCAGCCUGUGGGACGUGUUAAGUUGAUUUUACAGAAUUUAUCAGGUCUCCAAAGCAGAAACAGGUGAUUUUUGCUGUGGGUUGAGCUCAGCAUGGCUGUAGUCAUCCGUUUACAGGGGCUUCCUGUUGUUGCGGGUCCUCCAGAUAUUCGUCGUUUCUUCUUGGGAUUGAAUAUUCCCGAUGGAGGUGUGCAUAUUAUUGGAGGAGAGAUUGGGGAGGCUUUUAUUAUAUUUGCAACAGAUGAAGAUGCACGGCGUGCCAUGAGCUGUUCGGGAGGGUUUAUCAAGGACUCGCGCAUAGAGCUCUUUCUCAGCAGCAAGGCAGAGAUGCAGAGUACCAUAGAAAUGAGCCGGAAACGAUUUGACCGUGGGGGACGAGAAACUAUGUCUGGCUCUAGAAGAACAGGUACUAAUGGUUCUAGUACAUCAAGUGUUGGAGAUAUACCACAUUUAGUUACAGCUUCUCCAAAAGGAGUAAGAAAACCUAGUUAUGGGCCACCAAAUCGCCUGGAGGCUGGUUUCCACACCAACGGCACAAGAUACGGUGAUAUGGGUAUACCUAAGUCAAACUAUCAGUUAAGAAAGGAUUCCCACCUGUUUAACCCGGAUGAUCGUUACUUAUUUCUACGUGGUAUACCUUACUCUGCAACAGAAGUUGAAGUACGUGCUUUCCUUUCGGGGAUGCGUGUGGAUGGAGUGAUUCUGAUAAAGCACCGCAAUGGUUUAAACAAUGGUGAUUGCUUGGUAAAAUGUGCUACACCUGGUGAUGCCUUAGAAGGACUUAAACGUCAUAGACAAUACAUGGGUCAGAGGUUUAUAGAAAUUAGUCCCACUACAGAGGAACGGUGGAUUGAAUGCGGUGGGCGGAUAGACAUGCCAGAUGAAAUGGAUCACUUUUUGUGUGAAGACCAUUCUCCAAGAAGUUCAGGCUACAUGCAUUCAAGGAAGCAUUCUCGUUCAAGAUCACCAAGGAGACAAAGAACACAUUCUCGUUCAUCUCCUGGCCAGGAAUAUUACAUACACUUAAGAAAUCUGUCUUUUAAUGUGGAAAAGAGAGAUUUGAGAGAUUUUUUUCCUGAACUGGAUAUACACAGCAAACAGAUCAAGAUUCUAACAGAUAAGCAUCAGAAAAGGACUAGAGAUGCCUUUGUGGUGUUAAGGAGUGAGAGAGAAUAUCAGGCUGCUUUGGAAUGUCAUAGAAAGGUUCUUCUCAAUCGUCCUGUGUACAUUUUUCCAAUUUCAAGAAAGUCAAUGUUGAAAAUAAUUGACUCUUGUGAGAGGAAAAGAUCACCGGACAGAGAUCAUUUUGGACAGGCCAUAUCAGAAAAAAGUUACCGGGAAGGUCAUUCCAGCCCUAAGAAUUGUGUUUAUGUAAGGAAUUUUCCAUUUGAUGUGUCAAAAAUUGAAGUGCAGAAGUUCUUUUCAAGAUUUGAUAUUGAUGAAGAUGAUAUUUACUUGCUCUAUGAUGAAAAAGGAGUUGGACUGGGAGAAGCACUAGUGAAGUUUAAAUCCGAAGAACAAGCUAUGAAAGCAGAAAAUUUAAACCGUCAAACAUUUUUGGGAACAGAAGUCUUAAUAAGACUUAUAUCUCAAGAUCAGAUGCAGAAGUUUGGUGUUGCUGCAUCAUUAUCUGCACCAAAUGAAAUGCAUGGUCAUUCACAUCCAUAUGACAGAGGUGACCUCUCCCGUCCAGUUGGUUCACCAUCUGGGCCACCACAAGGGCCACCCAUGCAUUCUUUUGGUCCCCCUGGGAACUUCAGGCAUCAUUCUGAAUUUAGACAUCCCCCUGAGGACUUCAUGUGCCCUCCUAAGGAUUUUAGGGGUCCACCACCCCUCAUGGAUUUUGGUGGUGACAGUGAACCUUUUGGCAGAAUGGAGUUUGGGAAUAAUAAAAUGGGAAAUUUUCCUGAAGGAAGAUUUAUGCCAGAUCCAAAUUUCAGUGGUGGUUCUGAACGUGUUGUUCCUAUUCUGUUGAAAAAUUUACCUUUUAAAGCUACUCCUAAUGAGAUUCUGGAUUUUUUCUAUGGCUAUAGAGUGAUACCGGAGUCAGUUUCUGUGCAGUACAAUGAACAAGGAUUACCUUCUGGUGAUGCCAUUGUUGCUAUGACAAACUAUGAGGAAGCUAUGGCUGCUAUUAAUGAACUGAAUGAUAGGCCCAUUGGUCCACGGAAAGUUAAGUUAAGUUUGCUGUAAAGGAGGAAAAGAUGCUCUAAUAACACAUUCUAGGUUUGCCAGUAUUGACAGUUAUUUUAACUUUUAAUUACUGGAAGAUGCAAAACAAAGUUUCCAUCAACGGUUGUAAAUAAUACCCAGUUCAGUUGUUUAGCUCUUGGUUGAAAUACCUGUAGGACAUUGACUGUCAUACAUAAGGUAUAAAAGGAUGGAGUUGUAAUGCUUUGGGGUUUUUUUUAAGAUUAAUUCCAGUCUUAUGUCUUUGCAUCAAAUAAAAACAUAAGUGCUGGCUGACCAGCACAAACGGUUGACUAGCUGACCACACAAACGGUUCAAAUAGAAGAUUUUCAGUGCUACCUGCAUUAGUAAAUGACACUUCUUACUGAGGUUAGCUUAAUAAAAUUUUGAAAUUACUGAUUUUUUUUUUUUUGGUUUCCUUUUGUGCAAACUUUUCAGGUUUUAUUCGGUUUCAUAUGUUUGCAGGCAUUCCUGUUUUAAGAGCUUGCUGUUCUCAUUAGCUGGCUUUGCAACUUUUUUAAAAUAAAAAGGAAAUUGCCAUUUAAAUGUGUGUCUUAUCUUUAAAACUUGUAUAGUUAAUGAUCUCAAUUAUUAUGCUCUGCAGAUCUGGGUCUUGGUGAGAAUGAUGCUGGCUGCUUCAUCUGGAAAGAGUCAACUGGUAGUUUGUCAACACAGCAAAGGAUGGGUAGUUGACAGAGAUUGCAGGGGCUGUUUUCAUCAGUUAGGCUUUUUUCUCACUGUAGUACCUUGAGGCAGAAAAUCAAUGUUGGAAUUAGAUCAAGAAUUCUGACUUCAGUGGUUUUGUUUUAUCUUCACAUGCUGCGUAAUAUGAAUACUAACUGGCUAAUGAUGCCUGGAUGUAUUCCAGGUCAAUCUGUGAUUAGUUUUAACUAACUUCUGUCACUGGCAACCAAGCUGACAACUGUUAUUUUCUUACGUAAUAAAAUAAAUGCUUAUGUCAGCA